AUCACACGACACACUUCCUGCAAAACAAAGCUCGGAUCAACCUGCCUCUGGGUCGCUCUGAAAUUUGUUUACAAAAUGGCGCAAGCUGGAGUCUUUUUGGAGCAAGAUCAGUUUAACUGUUCUAUAUGUCUGGAUGUGAUGAAAGAUCCUGUAACGGUACCGUGCGGACACAGUUACUGUAAAGGCUGCAUCAAAGGUUACUGGGACCAGGAUGACUACUUAGGAAUUUAUGGCUGUCCUCAGUGCAGACAGAACUUCGCUCCUAGGCCCGUACUAGGCAGGAACACCAUGCUGGCCGAUGUCGUGGACAAACUGAAAAAAACCGGUCUCAAUUCUACCGCGGGGGCGCUCGCCGUCGUUACGGCCUCCGAUCCGACGUACGCCGAGUCGGGAGACGUGGAAUGUGAUGUCUGCACGGACAGGAAAAGCAAAGCCGCGAGGUCGUGCCUUGUUUGCCUGGCGUCCUACUGCGAAGAGCACCUCAAGCCCCACUACGAGUCCCCGGCGUUUCAAAAGCACAGGCUGGUUUCCCCGUCGGGCAAGCUGCAAGACAGCCUCUGCCCACGCCACGACAAACUUCUGGAGGUUUUCUGCAGGACGGAUCAGCACUGUAUCUGCUAUCUAUGUUUGACCGACGAGCACAAAGGCCACGACACUGUUCUGGCUGCAACAGAAAUGACAGAGAAAAAGAAUGCCCUGGCAGAGAUGCAAAGGCACUCCCAGCAGAGAAUUCAGGAGAGAGAAAAGAAGGUGCAAGAGCUGAGACAGGCCACUCAGUCUCUGACCCUCUCAGCACAGACUGCUCUGGAGGAGAGCGAGAGGAUCUUCACCGAGCUGGUGUGCGCCAUUGAGCGCCGGCGUGCCGAGGUGAAAGAACUGAUCCGCGCCCAGGAGAGGGCGGCCACAGGCCAGGCCGAAGAGCGCCUCCAACAGCUGGAGCAUGACAUUGCUGAGCUGAAGGCUCGGGACUGCGAGCUGGACCACCUGGCCCAAAUGGAGGACCACAUCUCCUUCCUCCAGAACUACAGGUCGGUAUGCAUUCAGCCUGUAACUCUGGAUGUGCCCAGUGUUGAGACAGAACCAGGCUUCAGGGCUGUGAUGAAUGCUGUGUCAGAAUUCCAGGCCUUGCUCGAGGACGUCUGCCAAGGUGGAUUUGUGAAUAUCUCAGAGAAAGUAAAUGAUGUUACAAUUAUUCAGAACACAAAACCAAAAAUGGAGGCAGAGCCAAAUGCAGCUCUUUUGGCGACUCCAGUCUUUCAAAGCCAUUUUGGCCAGAACCCCAUUUUUGGAGGUCCGCCUCCUGGCAUUGCAGGUUUCACCAUUUCCUCGUUUGUUCCAAGACCUUCUGGUUCUCGACAGAGAAUCCACCUGCGUAGGAGACGGAGGUAGCUGUCCUGGGCUUAGCCGAAGACCGAUCAGUGUUCAGCGUAUGUUUUAUUCACGAUCUGUAUAAUAUUAAAUAAUAUGUACAUGCUAUUACCAGAACCUUUUUUUCUUUAUUAAAACAAAGAAGAAUAUUUAAAAACUAAUUUAACCAUGCAAGACAGAUGUGUUACAGAGGGCAUAUGUAUCAGUGUUUGGGGGGGGGGGGUUGGAAAAAUAUUGAUUAAAAA